GGAAACAUAUGACGACAACAGGUUACCUGUUUGAAAGAUGUAUUAAUUUCUGAUUAAGUAGAAAGUACCUAUUUAGUGUUCAAGAUAGUCAUGUUGAAUUUCAAUGCCUUCGAUGUGCUUUAUUUUAGAUUUUCUAUAAAUUUUUGGGACGUAAUUUUUUCUGUGGUCACACCCACCGUUUGAUUGGACUCGCCUGGAAUGAACCACGUGACAUCACGCCGUGGAUCCAAUAUGGCGGUGGCAGUGCCUGGGGUGACAGUGUACGGCUCCGAUCCCAACCUCCAGGGCCACCAGGACGAAGAAAUCAUGGACGAGGUUCAGAAUGUACGGAAGGUCAUUAACCUAACCCGGCAGAACCUGGAGGCUCUCAACGCUCGCUUCGCAGACCUCCAGAAACCACCGUCGAUCUACAUAGAGGAAUAUGAGGAACUGACCAGUAAGUUGGAUGAGCUUCAGGCACGCGAGCAAGAACUCUUGGACCGUAUGAGUAAUGGUCGCGACUCCCCCCCUCACGAGGAGCCCCCUGAGCCACCCCCUCUCCCCCCGCCUCCCCAGACCCCCUCCAGAACCAGCCCCCAGUCCCCCAAGCUGCUGCAGGCAACUGUGUUUGCCCACCUGCCAAAUCACCAAAGAACAAGGGUACAGUGCAAGUCUGGGAUAACGUUACGAGAGGCUCUGUCCAAAGCCAUGAGAAUGCGGGGCCUGAGCGCAGAAACCUGCAGAGUCUUCAGAAUCAGUCCAAGGGUGAUGGUUGAAUGGGACACAGACAUGUCUUGGCUAGAAGGAGAAGAGAUCUCGGUAGAAAUCCAAGAAGACCUCCCCAUCACAUCCAGUAUAUCCCACAACUUUGUCCGUAAGACGUUUUUCACGCUGGCGUUCUGCGACAGCUGUAAGAAGCUGCUGUUCCACGGGUUCCGCUGCCAGACGUGCGGUUACAAGUUCCACCAGCGCUGCACCUCCGACGUGCCCGUCAUGUGUGAACAAGUGGGAGGGGAUCACCUUUACAAACAAGGCAUUCUCAUCAUGUUUGCCUCUACCACCUGUGUUUUUUUCUUACCAUUUUCUUGUUCCACCACUGCACAUUUCUGCAUGACUCACUCUUGCCUGCUGCUGUCUUAUUGGCUGUGUCUCUGCCUGCUUUUCUCAGACUCCCCCACUCAGGCGGCUGCACAGCAUGUGCCCCCCUUUGCCUCUAAGUCCAAUAGGCGGCAUGCAUCUGUCUCCAGUACUCCUACUCACACCGCCAUGGAAGUCAGCGUCUUUGACUAUAGCCCAGCCGCCAUUAAUAAAGGUCAAAGCAUGCCGAACCAGACCCUAUCGGUGACGCCGCCGGCGUAUCUGUCCUCCUCCAUUCCCAACUCCCAGUCCAGCCCCAUGAAGAUAAACAACCUCCAGUCCUCGCCGACCGCCAACUCCAAGAACGUCCGAGUCCGAUCCAAGUCAGCCUCGGACGACGGGUCAGUGAUGAAGAAAAAGGAGAAGGCGCACAGGAGAGACUCAAACGAUGACUGGGAAAUCCCUGAGGAACAGAUCUUGUUUGGCCCCAGGAUUGGGUCUGGGUCCUUUGGAACUGUGUUUAAAGGACAGUGGCAUGGACCCGUUGCAGUGAAAAAGUUGAAUGUAAAAGAUCCCAGUCCGGCUCAGCUUCAGGCUUUCAGAAAUGAAGUUGCUGUGCUAAGGAAAACACGACAUGUGAACAUCCUGCUGUUCAUGGGGUGUGUGUCCAAGAACCAGCUGGCCAUCGUGACACAGUGGUGCGAGGGCUCCAGUCUGUACAGACAUCUCCACGUGCUGGAGUCCAAGUUUGAGAUGCUCAACCUGAUCGAGAUCGCCAGGCAGACGGCACAGGGAAUGGACUACCUACAUGCCAAGCACAUCAUCCAUCGAGACAUGAAGUCCAACAACAUCUUCCUAACGGAGGACAUGACGGUCAAGAUCGGAGACUUCGGUCUGGCCACGGUCAAGUCUCGGUGGAGCGGAUCCCACAACUUUGAGCAGCCGACUGGAUCCAUUCUGUGGAUGGCACCAGAAGUGAUCCGAAUGCAGGACCCAAACCCUUACAGUUUCCAGUCAGACGUGUAUGGAUUCGGAGUGGUUUUAUUUGAACUGGUGACUGGGCAGCUGCCAUAUGCACACAUCAAACACAGGGAUCAGAUAAUUUUCAUGGUGGGACGUGGCUACUUGAAACCGGACCCAAAUAAAUGUCGCAGUGACACACCGAAGGCCUUCAAGCGCCUGAUGGGUGAAUGUAUCAAACUCAACAGAGACGAGAGACCACUUUUCCCUCAGAUUCUAGCCUCCCUGGACUCGCUGGUCAGAUCGCUGCCCAAGAUCACGAGAAGCGCCUCGGAGCCGUCCCUGAACCGGGCGGGCUUCAACUCAGACGACUUCAUCUACAGCUGUGCUUCGCCCAAGACGCCCAUCCAGGGCCAGUUCGCAGCCUUUCACUUCUUCUCUGCUGCCAGCCACAGAUGAUGGGAACUGUUGUCUGUUGGGUUACCUGGGGACAUCUUCUUUAUGUCUUUACAUACAGUCUGGGUCUGGGAAGGACAGCAGAGUCGGCAGAACGUACUGCACCUGCGUGAAACCUGAAUUUUCAUGGUUUUCAUUGUAUGAAUUUUGCCUGUUGCAGACAAUAUCUUUUCCGGCACGACAUUUGAAAACAAUAGAUGGAAUGUCAUCCUUAAAAAUGUGAAUACAACCUUAAACGAGACAUUCUGCUGAAGUGCUAAGCACAAUACAUUACAGGUUUCAUGCAGGUGCAGAACGUUCUGUCCACAUGCUGGGAAGGACCAAGCUGUGCUCUCUCAUAUCUUUGCUUUCUCCGAAAAGAGGACAUUUGAAUUUUUAAAAAAUCAUAAGCAUCAAGACAUUACAUUUUUUUCUGUAAAGUUGUAUGAGUGUCGUGUAAUAACACUUCUAGCUGUCAUCUUGCUAUCUUUUAAAGACAAGGCAUCCUUAAAGGUUUGUUGCCCAGUAGAUUUGUUGAUGUCAUAAAUGUUUGGAAGUGAAGGAAAGAAAUUUCACAUUGCAGCCUUGAUUCUUGAUCAGAGCCAAUCUGACCUAUAUAUAUUGCCUAUCCCAGGUUUUUGUAUAGCUGGUAGGAAAUCCUGGUUCAGGAUUAACUAAAAAUGUCUAAAAGCAAAGCAUCGACUUGUGCAAGCUGUAGACUGUAGUUGUACUAGAAAAAAGAUACAUUUCCUAAAACCUUUUCACAAGCUCUGAGUACCCUUUGGCAGAAUCAGAACGUCAAAAUGCAGAAAAUAGCAUUUGAAAAGGUCAGACUCAAAAAUUAAAACUGAUUAGAACUACAUCAUUAGAAGCUACAUUAUUAUACUGUGGUCCAUUCAUUCAAACAGACAUAAAUAUUUCAGAUUCUGAAGCAGUGAGUUUAGUCGUAUGUCGCAAUAGAGCUACAAAUGUGACAGAAUCAAGUUUAAUUUUCUACAGCUUCUGGUUGUGAUUUAAACUGAACCUGUAGUUAAAUCCUUACCAAGGGAUUUAAAUGUACAUAAACAGCCAGACCUUAGCUACCUGGAUCAAAUCAUGUACAUGUUCAGCACAGUGCUACCUUUCAGUGCUCUCCAACUGCGAAAACCCUGGCGUUUCUUUCGAUUGUCUACAACCAUACACUUGAAUUCAACUGAAUUAGCUGUUUAACUAGUGACGAUAUUGCCUAGUCAGUGGAAGACUUGAAACCAUGGGUUGUAAAUAGCUACAAAUCUAGCCCAGGCCUUCUAACCAGGUAGUGAAGUUCUAUGACACUCUGAAAACAGUUGGACAGGUUGGUUGUAAAGUUAUCUUAAAAGUUCAUCUGUACAUGUGUUGGUAGAAGUCAUUAUGGAGCAAGUUUGAAUUGUAAUUUCCAACACAAGAAACUGGACUUGUCCAAAUUUUCGACUGUGCAAAAAUUUGGGUAAAGUUCAAUUUCUUGUGUCGGAAAUGGCAGUUUAAACUUGCUUCAUGGUAUGGUUGUUAAGAUAUGCAGUUAUUGUGGGGUCGAAUUUUACAGUCCAGAAGAAUGGUACAGGAGUACGGUGUCACCUGUAUAAUGACUUUGAACAGUCAUCGCAUGCGGUGCAUACAUGAGGUGCAUACGAAAUACUGUAUGUAUCUGUAACUGCCGAGAAAGGCUAUGUUAGGAGCUGUGUCAUGUCAGAUUAGCAAAAUUGAGUAGAGUGGCUUGUGAGCUUCCAGUUCUACUGUGGGCACAAGUACUGGUAAAGCUAAAUUAAGGUUUUAGGCUACACCAAUUUAAUUUGUUGUUUGUCGGAUUUUUUAAAAAAUAUGAAGCGACAGGGCGAAAAAAAAAA